CGUUUGUCGGAAAUGGAAGCUGUUAUUUGACAGCUGUCACCUGUCACUGCGUCCUUUCUUCCUUGUGUUUGGUGGUUUGGACCGUUAAAUACUUUUAUUUUUUGUUUAUGUGUGGUUAAAUUUGAGUGAUUACAGCGCUUGUUUAUUGCAGCAUAAACCAUGUCUCAGUACCGCAAAUGCGCAGUUAGAGGCUGUCAGGACAGUGUUUCAGUACGACAUAGAUUUCCAAACCCGACGAAAUUUAUGUAUGUUUGUGUGCAAUGGGUGGAUUGUAUUCACUUCACAGUGGAAGAAAAUUAUGGUAACAACAGACUUAGGAAGGAUGCUGUGCCAUCACUAAAUCUUCCUGAUCAACAAAUAUCCAACGCAACUGAUGAAAUUCUUGGAAAACCAUCAACUUCAGCAUCAUAUCAACAGUUGGGAGAAGUUUGCUCAGUUACAACUUCACAACCAGGAAAUCUUGAUGUAACUACAGUAGAACCCAUUGAGGAGCAUUAUUCAGAAGCAAGUUCCUCAAGAACAGAAUCUGGAUUAUUGCAUAAGUUAUAUGUAACCAGAGAAACCCAGUUAAGUCCAAAAGCUAAGAAGCUAUAUAAGAUAGCCAGUCACCUCUCUAGAGCUAAUAGAAGACUAAGAUGUACAAGGAGGUUGAUUAGAAGUACCAGAAGUACAAGAGAAGUAUUAAAUGAGGCAUUGCAGCACUUGGACAGCACUGUAGCUACUUUUAUCAAAAGCCAGAUCACACUGGCUGGUAGUAAAUCACAGGGACGGAGAUAUAGCCUAGAAGACAAAUUGAUGGGACUUAUACUUCAUAAACAAAGUGGUAGGGGAUAUCGUCAAAUAUUUGAGUAAUUGCACAUAUCCUUAUACUCCUCAGCAUCAUAUAAAUUGAACUUAGAUCUAGUUAACAUUGACGAGUACUGCAAAAGACAUUGUCUGAAGAUCAAUGCUUCAAAAUGUUCUACCAUGCUAUUUGGCCCAAAACUGUUAGUACAACGGUUAGAUGGCCGAAUUGUUCCUAGUCUUAACGACACCCAUACUCCUAUAGUAGACCAUGCGAAGAAUUUAGGGAUCAUCAUGGAUUCAGAUUUGAGGUUUAAGCAACAUGUUAAGCAUUUAUCUCGCUUAACAUACAUGCGUUUGAAGAUAUACAACAAUCGCCAUAUUCUGAAUUUCAAGACUCGCAAAAAACUGGCUGAGACUCUGGUGCUAUCGUUAAUGAAUUAUUCAAUUGCUGUUUACUUUCCUUGUCUUGAUUACGUGACUAGAUAUCGAGUACAAAAACUUCAAAAUCGUUGCUGUAGGUUCGUUUCUGGUCUGCGAAAGUUUAGCCAUGUGUCUAAGAAGAUCAAUGAGCUUAGAUGAUUGAGGGUUGACCAGCUUUUCACAUAUAAUUUACUAAUUUUAGUACAACGAAUCAAAAUCAAUAGGCUACCUACUUAUCUACUAAAAAGGCUGGUAACACGUGGGGAUCUCAAUUACAGGAAUCUCAGACAUAACUCUGACUUCAAUAUACCUAGUUAUAGGAGCAACAUUUUCUAUCGUAGCUUCACCUACAACGCUGUCAAGGUGUAUAAUAGUCUUAAUAACAAUUGCAAAAAGAAGGGAAUACUUGCAUUCAAGAGAGCCAUUAAGAACCAUCGUCUGGGGUCUGCUAGCCAAGCUAGCUGAUAUAUUUCUUUUUUUUUUUUUUUGUUAGAGCGGGCCAUGUAGUAUUGAUGUAUAACAUCUUAAGAUUACUCUAUUUAAGCCUUAAUUAUUGUACAUAGUCGUGCCAUAAGUUCUGUCCCAUGAUAAUCUCAUGAUAAAAAUGAAACAAGAUAAGAUAUAUUUAUAUGAAAGAUAUUAUUUAUUCGACAACAUUUUUAGAAUUCAUAAUCAAACAGUUUUAUUCAAAAUGUCCCCCCUUGGCCUUCACACAC